CGGGCCUUCCGCUGGCAUGUCCAGACCUCGGCUGCUGUUUGCAUUUGGGUGCCCAUCGCAAGCAGGGGAGGCUCGAUCUUCUCCUGGCCCGGCAACCCCACAUGGGCUCCUCCGUGGGAGACAGCACGACCCUUCCCCCUGACAGGCUGAAGAAGGAAGCCACAGAGGCGUUCUCGCCCAGGCAGGGAGAUGCGGCGGGGAACAUCCGAGACAUGGAAUUGAGGGAAGAAUGGCAAGACGAUGAAUUCCCACGGCCUUUGCCAGACGAGAUCUCGGAGGAGGAUUUGGAACCAUCCAGUUCAGAAAUGAGUCCAGUCGCCCCCAACACCCUGGAACUGUGUGGCCGGCGGCACAUGAAGAAGCGCCUCGAGGCCCCAGACCUCAGCGAGGGUUCGGUGAAAUCUGGGGAGCUCCCGGAAAGCACGCCGGAUGGCAGCUUGGACAUCAAUCUGGACGAACUGGAGACACCGUCCGAAAGCGAGUUACAAGAGGGCCCGGAGAACGGGCAUGAAUUCGAAUGGGAAGAUGACUUCCCACGGGCCCAGCGGGUACAGGCCAACCUACCAGAGAAAUUUUGCACUGGCCGUGUGGUGGACACUAAGGGUCCAGACGGACGGGUGUGGCGGAUCUUCCUGGCAGAUGAUCACGAGCACAAAGUGGAUCUGAACGCCAUCGAACCUUACAAGAGGGUGAUUUCCCACAGAGGCUAUCAUGGCGAAGGCCUGAAUGCCAUUCUUGUCUUUGCUUCGUGUUACUUACCAGAAAGCAGUGUCCCCAAUUACCCCUACGUCAUGGAGAACCUGUUCAGGUAUAUAGUAGGAACUCUGGAGCUGAUGGUGGCUGAGAAUUACAUGCUGGUGUGUCUGAACGGCGCCACUUCACGGAGCAGGCUUCCCUCUUUUGCCUGGAUCAAGCAGUGUUAUCAAACCAUCGACCGACGGCUUCGGAAGAAUUUAAAAUCUCUGAUUAUUGUUCAUCCCACGUGGUACAUCAAAGCACUGAUGACACUGUUUAAGCCUUUUAUCAGUUCCAAAUUCAGCCAGAAAGUGCAGUUUGUAGACAGCCUGGAGGAUCUGGCCCAGAUUAUUCCCUUGCAGCAGAUCCACAUCCCCGACUGCAUCCAGCAGCAAUUCAGGUGAAGAGCCGCCACUGAGCACCAGGUUCGAAAGAUGCCAGAGCGGAGCAGGCUCACCGCGACACUGAUGGCGACCAGUAAAUACCAUUCACGAGACCCCUGCCCUCUAUUUUUUCCCCCCUUCUUACAAAGCAAAAUGACUUUAUUCGCAAGAAAUUGGAAGGACCCUUCAAAGCUGACUUUUAGGACAUGGCAUUUCCCUCCUCCUCCCGCCAAGAAAAAGGAGUUUUAGCUUAUCAGGCAAAAAUCUCUCCAAAGGAGGCCCCUAUUGUGCUAUGAAAACUUAAUAAAUCGCUGA